UCGUGCAUACAUUAUAUAUUACAUAAGUCGUUAUAUUCAUUAUACAUCCAUAUACAAUGUAUCAUAAAUUACGCCGUGUACAUGAAUAUAUGAAUCUGGUUGCUUGUUACAGACCUAUUCGUUAAAAUAACAAGUUGUCAAAAGGACAAGAUACGGACGAAUAGGGAAAAGCUUCUCCCAGGAGUUUGCUACACCGAUGUUCGCAUUCUUUGCAUCACAACAGUGACCGGAAGAAAAUCUGAUACCUCGCUUAUCACUCGAUACGAAGUGAUAACGCACGGGCCAUCGUACGAUACAAUUGUGAUUCGAAAGGGUGAAUUAUUUUACAAAAAUGCCCAUUGACAUCCCUGCAUUUGCAUACGCUGCUGCGGUGGCUGGCGGCGGAAUAUUAGGUUACGUGAAAUCAAGUUCUAUUCCAUCGUUGGCAGCUGGUCUCUUAUUCGGAUCUGUUUUGGGCUACGGAGCUUAUCAGACUUCUCAAGACCCGACCAACGUAGCAGUUUUUCUAGGAACAAGUACAGCUCUUGGAGGCUUAAUGGGAUAUCGAUUUUACAAUAGUGGGAAAAUAAUGCCAGCUGGAGUAAUUGCUAUAUUGAGUGCUGUGAUGAUUGAAUAUGAAAUGGCAAGAAUCGUAGCUUGCAUCGUAUUAGUUUAUCUUAGUGCAUGUUGUAAUAUAUUAAGUGCGAAUGAGAACCAUGAUGGCAGUGUCAACGAUGAAAUACAGAAACCGUCUUAUCAAAGUCCAGAACCCUUCGGUUUUGCUUACUUAGCAGAGAACUUUGAUAGUGAAGAGAGAUUUCGAAAUUCCUGGCUGUUAUCGGAAGCGAAGAAAGACGAUACCGACGAGGAUAUCGCCAAAUAUGAUGGAAUUUGGUCCAUUGAAGAACUGAAGAAACAUGCCGAGGAGGGAGAUCUAGGAUUAGUGCUUAAGAGCAAAGCUAGACAUGCUGCCGUUUCUACUUUAUUAACUAAACCAUUUUACUUUGAAGACAAACCUUUAAUUGUACAAUAUGAAGUUAAUUUCCAAGAAGGACAGGAAUGUGGUGGCGCCUAUCUUAAGUUGCUCACAUUAGAUGAUAAGCAUAAGGACUUGAAACAAUUCCAUGAUAAAACACCGUAUACUAUAAUGUUUGGGCCUGAUAAAUGUGGCAAUGAUCACAAGCUUCAUUUUAUAUUUCGACAUAAGAAUCCGUUAAAUGGUACAAUCACGGAGAAACAUUGUAAGAAAUCAAAGGAUCGAUUGGAGGAUUAUUUCAAAGAUAAACAGCCGCAUCUGUAUACUUUGAUUAUACGGCCUGAUAAUAGUUACGAGAUUAAAGUGGAUAAUAAAAUCUUAAAUUCGGGUUCGUUAUUGGACGAUUUUGUGCCUCCCGUGAAUCCACCUCUGGAGAUAGAAGAUCCCGAUGAUAAACAGCCCGAAGAUUGGGACGAUAGAGAAAAGAUUGCCGACCCAUUGGCAGAGAAACCUGAAGAUUGGGAUGAAGACGCUCCAGCGCAGAUAGUCGAUGAGGAAGACGUUAUGCCCGAGGGAUGGCUCGAGGAUGAACCACCAAUGAUAUCGAAUCCGGAUUCCGUUAAACCUGAUGAUUGGGACGUCGAGAUGGAUGGCGAAUGGGAAGCGCCAGAUAUACCGAACCCAAAAUGCGAGGACGCACCUGGUUGUGGUCCUUAUAAGCAAAGAAUGAAGAAAAAUCCGCGAUAUAAAGGAAAAUGGCUGGCACCGCUCGUCAACAACCCCAAUUAUAAGGGAAAAUGGAAGCCUAGACUUAUACAUAAUCCUGAGUAUUUUAACGACGAAUAUCCUUUCAAGAUGUUACCAAUUAGUGCUGUUGGUUUUGAACUGUGGUCAAUGUCACUCGACAUAUAUUUCGACAAUUUAAUUAUAACGGAUGAUGAGGAAGUUGCAAAGAAAUGGGCGGAUGAUAGCUUCGAAAUUCGACGUGUUAAAAUUGCUGAGGAAAGUUGGACUAUAUGGAACCGAAUUGCGACAUUUACUGCAGAGCAUCCAUGGAUAUGGGCAGUAUAUGUAUUGCUAGCUGCAAUACCUGUAGUACUGAUAAUAUACUGUUGCUGCUUCUCAGAGGAUAAAUCAGAUUUCAAAGAUGAAGAAGAAGAAGAAACACCUUUAGAAAUAAGCAAUGAUGUCGCAGAAGAUGCAGAAGAAAGUGAAAAUCUUCAAUCUUUGAAUUCUGAACUAGCUGAGCAAAAAUCUACUACAGAAGAAACGGAAGAUACAGAAAAAGAGACUGGAACAGAGGAAGUAAUUGAAAGUGAUAAGAAUACAUCUCCAAUUAGUGGUGAAGGACCACGACGAAGAAAACCAAAUAAAGAAUAGGAAGAAAAAUUAUAAAAAGAAAUUAUUAUCGCGCGCGCGGUUUUUGCUGAUAUUUAUGUAAUACUGUCACAUUCCACAUCACAUUUGCUACUGUGGAUAGUAGAUGGUUACCAGUCACUCUAGCAAGUUCAGUCAUUGCAAUGAUGUGAUCGAUAAGUAUUAAAUUCCUUCUCUAAAGAUAUUGAUUUUUACUUUGUGGAUAUAUAUAUAUAUAUAUAUAUAUGUGUGUGUGUGUGUUUUGC